UUCUCUUCACUGCCAGACUUCACAGUACAACCUGCACUGAGUGUGAAUUAUGGAAAAGAUGGGCUUAUUCUACGUUUUAUUUUUUUUAGCUUGUCUGCAUGCACACUGUAAGGAGUUCUUUAGGUUCUACAGAGGUAAAUUGUGUAAGUGGAAGUAAUACCAAUCUAGGGAGUAUCGAGGAGGGAUAUGAAGGAGUCAUAGAGGUUAUCACUAAUAUCAGCCCAGAUGUUCGUCUGGUUCUGGAGCCAUAUAUGAGUUCCGUUUCUAUGAAAUUUGUGGAGCUGGUUUACUCUGAUGGAGACUCAGUCGCUGUUGUACGGACCAUCAAACCGUUGGAUGCUGAGGAAAUAAAGCAGUCUGCAGAUGCUUUGUAUUAUUUUGUCUCCUGCGUAAGAGGGGCAAAAAACGCCCGGUCACUAUACGUUCUGGAUGUCAAUGACAACUCUCCAAUCUUCCAGAGCAAAUCAUACAGCGCCACAGUGUCAGAGGCAAUGGCUGUGGGUUCAAAUGUGCUCAGUGUCACGGCUAGAGAUGCAGAUGUGUAUAUGGACAACAAAAGAAUUACAUAUUCUAUACUGCCUCCAGAUGAAUUUGAAGUGAGUUAUGACGUACAAAUGAAUGCGUGUAACAUCAAGUUGGCUAAACCUUUGAACUACAACAAUGCUCAACAGUACAACUUCAAUGUGGAAGCUAAAGAUAUAGAAGGACUCAGUGACACAGCAACAGUUACAAUAACAGUUGAAGAUUACCCUUAUUUUGAUCACUCACUUUACAAGGCAUCCAUUGAGAAAAAUAAGAUAGGACACGUUUCAGAUGUCACUCCUGAGGCCAUAAAAGUUCAGGAUGACAACAGGGGCAUCAACAAGCCUGUAGUUUACAGCAUAACAACAGUCGUUCCAAAUGAAUAUCAGAACAGCUUUGAAAUUGACCAAAACAAUGGGGUCAUCUCUGUGACAACAGCACUAGACAGAGAGGAAACAGAGCAGAUUGUUGUUUUCAUACAGGCAACUCAGAAGGACAAUGCCAGUAAGACGGCUGACGCUGUGGUUCUCCUCACCAUCGUGGAUGUGACACAAUGACAACCCACCAAAAGUUGACCAGGGGGUCUGUUCUUCACACCUCGCUUAAAACAGCUGAGAUGAUUUGACAGAUGCCAGAUCUUUUAAUUGUGAUAACUGAUCUCAGGGUAAUUUGGUUCUUCAAACAAGUUAGUAGAUUUGAUUAAAAUACCUGGAUUAAGUUGUCUGAUAUUACUGUGUGUUGACAUGUUCAUGGGAAAGAGCAGAUCAAUACUCUAAACCAUGAUAUAGCAAUGCAGUGAUUGGCUGGUGGUAGGACAGAAAUGUAAUGACUGAAC